CCUUAAAGGUCAGUCAUUAGCUCGUUGCGCACGUUCACCACAUUGACUCUAAUUAGCAGGUAGCCCUCUUCAUAAAUGAGCCUUUAUGGGCAACUGUCGUUCUUUGUGAUUCUUUUGGUGUAGCUCCGUCCACACAAUGGCAUUUUCUCUGAGAAACGACCCCCGUAGGCCCGACAGCCCGGACUCUGACUCGCCGGCCUUGUCGACGUGUAGCAACGCUGACAUCUUCCGCAGGAUAAACACCAUGCUGGGCAACGCUCUGGAUCUGACCGGCGUGUGCACCACUCCCAACAACACCAAGGGCAAGGCGGACUUGCUGUGUGAGUCGGACCGGGCUGCAGUGGGCAGCAGGAGGAUGCUCUUCGCAAACUGUGGUGGCAUGCCUGGCUCCCAGGAGAUGCAGUCAUCCCGGGUUCCACAGAAUGUGGCAGACCUGGGUCUGGGCCUCCAGUCUCUCAGUUUGUCUGGCUGGGAUAGACCUUGGAGCAGCCAGGAGACAGAGUCACUCUCUUCUCCCUCCCAGGGUCAGACUAGCUCACCCUCAAUGCUGGGCAUCCUGAACAGUCCCUUUAGUGGCAUCCUUGGAAAGCCACCAGCCUACCUACCCAGAGAGUCCAUGAGUAUGACUGCUGACUUCCUGGAGAAGUUCCCUGCCAUGGCUCGCAUGGCUAACCGUUUGGACUCCAGCUCCUUUUUGGAGUCUCGUUCUAGCAGCCCUGAAGACUCUGAGCUGAGUGGCUUCAGCUCUGGUUCUGAACAUCUCUGUGAUAUGUUGUCCACUCUGCGGAUUUCACCUCCCCUGCCUUACCUUGCAUCAAACAUGCAAAAGGACCUGCUGCGACUGGGGUCCCGUCUGGACCCCCAAGACACCAGCUCUCCUCUCACCCCGCCAUCUAGCGCCAGCCCGGCCUCCUCUGUGCUUCCUCGCCGCUGGCGCACUGGCUCCCUGUGGCCUGCUGCAGACAUGCUGGACCAGUCGGAUGAAGCAUUUAGCAUUGAGAGGGAGGCACGUCUGCAUAGACAGGCUGCAGCUGUGAAUGAAGCAACCUUCACUUGGAGCGGUCAGCUGCCCCCCAGAAACAACAAGGAUCCGCUUUACUCCUGCAAGGUCUUUCUUGGUGGUGUACCCUGGGAUAUCACUGAAGCUGGACUCGUCAACACCUUCAGUGGCUAUGGCCCUCUGACUGUGGAAUGGCCUGGUAAGGAUGGCAAGCACCCUCGCUGUCCUCCCAAAGGUAAUGUGGCCAAAGGCUACGUCUACCUGGUUUUUGAGAAUGAGAAAUCUGUGCGGGCCUUGCUCCAUGCCUGCUCUCAGGACCCAUUUCACCCAGAGGAUGGCAGGGAGUACUACUUCAAAUUGUCCAGUCGCCGAAUGCGUUGCAAGGAUGUACAGGUUAUUCCCUGGGUCAUUUCGGACAGCAACUAUGUGCGCUGCCCUGCUCAGCGUUUGGACCCCAGCAAGACUGUGUUUGUGGGCGCACUGCAUGGCAUGCUCAAUGCCGAAGCACUGGCCAGCGUUAUGAAUGACCUGUUUGGAGGAGUCAUGUAUGCAGGCAUUGACACAGACAAACACAAAUAUCCCAUAGGCUCUGGUCGUGUGACUUUCAACAAUCAGCGAAGUUACCUGAAGGCGGUGUGCGCGGCCUUUGUGGAGAUCAAAAGCCCCAAGUUUACAAAGAAGGUCCAGAUUGACCCUUACCUGGAAGACUCAAUGUGUCAAGUUUGCCUUCGCCAAGCUGGGCCUUUCUUCUGCAGAGACCAGGCAUGCUUCAAGUACUACUGCCGCUCGUGCUGGCACUGGCAACAUUCCAUGGACGUACUGAGCAACCACCGACCCCUCAUGCGCAACCAGAAGAACAGGGACUCUAGCUAAGAGUCCUCCAGCAAGCCUCCCGCUUGGGGCCCGCUGCAGAGUGGAGGAGGGCACGUCGGAUGUCAGUCAGCAUGAGGGGCGGGGCACUCCACGAGGCACUGGGGUUAGAUCACUGUAGGAAAUGUUCACUUUUUGCACUUGCUGUUUUUGCUGUUCACAGUUGGCACUAUGCACCGUGACCUUGUUGGGAGAGACAAGGGACUGUUCACUUUUCCAGUGUUUUCUCAGAUACUUGAGUCAGCUGAAGGUUAGGAAGCUAGGAAAAUGCCUUUUUUUUUUUUUUUUUUUUUUUGGUCCCGUCCCCUGUCCCCCCCCUUUUUUUUUUCUUGGUUUACAUGUUGCAUAGUGGAAGAGCAGUCAUGCAAGUCUCAUUGCCAUUCAUUGGCAAAUGCCAUACAGUGCCUUUAAAUUUUUAGUUUUUCCCCACCUCCCUCCCCCUUCCCCCAGUUGGUAUUUUUUCCAGUGUGUGCCAACUGGUGUUUCUUACUUUGGGAGUUGAAUGUUGGGCUUCAUUUAACCAGUCGCAUUUCAGACUUUUACGCAGUUUUUUACUAAUUUGUAGACACAACGGUUUUAAGUAAUGACAUUAAAAAUUUGAACAGAAUUCUACCUGGUGGCCGUUUUGGAGAAAACCUUUUUAUUUCCCCCCCUCCCUGAUCCUUGUCCAUUUUUUUUUUUUCUGACAGUUUUAAUUUGCCCUGCCAGAUUUCAACAUGAUGGGCAAAGUUUGGAAGUCCCACCUAACCUGCUUUUUUGCAGUUGUUAAAUGUCUUCCAGUAGUGCUGGAUACUGCUUCGACUGGUCGUCCAUUGUUUCAAACUGGAUUUUGACUGAAUGUUUUUGUUUGCACUUUUUUAAUUUGCACUUGUGGAGCGGUGGCAGUCAGUUAUCACAUUAGUACAUUGCUGGGAGGAUGCAGCCAUGUUAAGAAGAGUUGCUUGCUUCCUGAUGAAUGUAAGAACUUCCACUUUGCUGAUCAAACAGUCCACCCAGACCUUGAGUAGACUCUCCAAACGCAUGCACACACACACUUUGUAAACCUAGUUUGCCUUCCUGUUGCGAUUGGACAUGAUUGCAUAAUCUAUGUGCCAAAGACUGUUCCUUGCUAUUCAGUUCUUUUGCCCAGCUGCUUUUUACAGUUUGCAAAGUCUACCUCAUUGUGAUCUGCCAAGUUUGCUGCCUACAGUUGUGGAGUUUGUUCAGAAUGGGCACAAUAAAGGUGUUUAAGCAUUAAA